CCCCCGGGGGCGGGCUCGGGUGAGUGAUGGGCUGCGGCGCCCUGCCCAGCCCAGCCCUGCCCACGUUGCCCUGAGGUUGAAAUGCACAAGUCAAGGCUCUCUCGCCGGGAAGCAGAUUGCCUUGUGGCCCUUUUUCCUCGCGCCCCUGCCGCCUCGGUGCUGGAAAGCAGAGAGCCCGGUGGGCUAGGGCGGUCGGCAGCGCGAGAGGCUGGCAGAACGCCUCGGGGCUUAGGGCUCCGCUCGGGAUUUAGGGCAGCCUCAGAGGUGUCCUGCUCAAAGGAAUGGAACCUGCCUUCGGGGAAGUGAACCAGCUCGGUGGGGUGUUUGUCAACGGGAGACCCCUGCCUAAUGCCAUCAGGCUCCGGAUUGUGGAACUGGCGCAACUGGGUAUCAGACCGUGUGACAUCAGCCGGCAGCUCCGCGUUUCCCACGGCUGUGUCAGCAAAAUCCUGGCUCGCUACAACGAAACCGGCUCCAUCCUACCGGGGGCUAUCGGAGGCAGCAAGCCUCGGGUCACCACCCCCACGGUGGUAAAACAUAUCCGGACCUACAAACAAAGGGAUCCGGGCAUCUUCGCCUGGGAGAUCCGGGAUCGCCUGCUGGCCGAUGGCGUGUGUGACAAGUACAACGUGCCGUCUGUCAGCUCCAUCAGCCGCAUCCUCCGGAACAAAAUCGGGAACCUGUCUCAGCAGAGUCACUACGACUCCUACAAGCAGCACCAGCCGCCCCCACAGCCCGCUCUGCCCUACAACCACAUCUACUCCUACCCCAGCCCCAUCGCCACUGCGGGAGCCAAGGUGCCCACCCCCCCCGGGGUGCCCGCGAUUCCCAGCACCAUGGCCAUGCCCCGGACGUGGCCGUCGUCCCACUCGGUGACGGAUAUCUUGGGGAUCCGCUCCAUCACAGACCAAGUGAGUGACACCUCGUCUUACCCCAGCCCCAAGGUGGAGGAAUGGAGCAGCCUGGGCCGAAACAGCUUCCCCCCCGCCGCCCAGCACACCGUGAACGGGCUGGAGAAGAGCUCCCUGGAGCAGGAGGCCAAGUACAGCCAGGCACCCAACGGCCUUCCAGCUGUCGGCAGUUUCGUGUCUGCACCAGCCAUGCCUCCUUAUGCCACACCAGCCCAAGUCUCACCGUACAUGACAUACAGCGCGGCCCCCUCCGGCUACAUGGCGGGCCACGGCUGGCAGCAUGCCGGAGGCACACCACUCUCCCCGCACAGCUGCGACCUCCCCACCUCACUGGCUUUCAAGGGCAUGCAGACAGCCAGGGAAGGCAGCCACUCAGUCACAGCCUCUGCUCUCUGAUGCAGGAGCUGGUGUCCAGGACGAGCAUCUCCGGCGCCUGGCUCAUGGACUGCUCUCCUCGUGCUGGCGGUACCGGGCAUUUCUCCUCCUGACUUGCAUCCCAUUGGACUUUCGGGAUUGAAAGAGUUGAAGGCAACACCACAAACAGAGGGGAGUGUGCUGACGUCCUUGCACUCUCCGAGUAAAGAUCUUGUGUCCCUCAAAGGGCUCGUGGAAACUUGUCUGACUGUUCUCUGGUCAAACCACACGUAUUUAUUCUUAAUCACCACAGACUUGUUAAAUGUGCAAUUGUUAUUAAGAUUUGUGUAGAAAUCAAUAAAGAAAAAUCAUCACAGGAAAUUCUGCUAUGCCUCAAAUCAGCAAUGGUGGCUUAAUAGAAGGUAUUUGCCAAAGACCUGUCUUUAGAGAACAAACCUCCUUAUUGAUGAGGUUAUGCAAUCCACUGCUAUUAAGAGAUCACAUUUUUUGUUGUUUUGUUGAGUUUUGGUAAUCAAAUAUAGAACCAAGGCAAUGUGCAGCUCUCAGAUUCUUCUGGCAUUUCAUCAUCAGUGGCAGUAAUACAUUAGUACUUUUAUCCAUUUGUAAAUAUAGGCUUUUGACAGCAUUUGUUUUCACUUCCCAGUACAUUUACUUUUUUUUUUCUUUCUUUUUUUUUUUUUUUCUUUCUUUCUUGGAAGUUAAAAAGGUGACUUUCUAGCUAUUUUCUGUGUCUUUGUGUGGUGGGGUGAUAGCCUCAGGUGAUGAAGUUUAGGUAAGUUUUUUUCAUCAUGUUUUUGUGUGAGGUUUCAGCAUCUUAUGAAAUACAGUUAUUUCUUUAGCAGAAGAUUCAAAGGCAAAAAUCCAGUCAAUAAACACUCCCCAGUUGCACCCAGCCUCCCAUGUUCAUGAAAUACUACAUCCAUGUUAAGUACAGAAACAGAAAUGGGUGGAAAAUAUCUGAACAAAACUGAAUUCUGAAGAGAAAAAAAUGCUGUUAGUGUGAAAUGUGCAAGGAUGCUUACAAAGCCAUGUAAGUUAGCAAAACCACUGUGAAACAGAAUCAUACUGUCAUUGUCAGCUCACUUGUGUUCAGCAUUUUUGGCCCCAGGAUUAUGGUUUUUUUUUUUUUUUUUUUUUUUUUUUAAUUUAAGAAGUUGUCUUUAAUUUCUGCUUUAAUGAUUGUAAAAUAUGGCUCUUGGUAAAGUUUACAAUGUUGUUCUGAAUCAUUUUUUUUCCCUUGUAGGUAUAAUGGUGGUGGUGCUACAAACACAGAUAUUAUUUAAUAUUAACAAGUUCCCUUUCUAGAUUUCUGUAUCCAGUGGCAAGUACUCUGUCCCAGUUACCUUGCUUUAAACCUUCUUAACUUCUAUCCCAAGAGAGCUAACAUUCUGAUCUUCGAAAAUUUACCUGUUUUCCUUGGGCAAUAAUAAAGUUCUGAAUAUUAUUCCAGAAUGCUUUCCACAUGCUGUAGGUAUGUUCAGAAUAUGAACAUGGAAAAAAAUAUUAAGAUUGGUGUGAGAUGUCAUAUCCUUCAUAGAAUGUUAAUAUAUUGUGUAUUUUUAUAAAUGUUGUGCAAUAGCUUGAAUUACAGCAAAGAUGGUUAAAACAAA